AUGAACUUGGCACUACUGGAUCCUUUUGCUGUUGCCAGCGAUUUUCCAGAAACUCUCACAGAAACCCUUUCUUAUGGCUAUUCUACAGUGGUAAAAUUUAACCGCAAAGGUGACUAUCUCGCUUCAGGGUUGGUCGAUGGAACCAUCGUCAUCGUUGAUAAGGAAACCAACAACACAAUUCUGAUACUUAGAGAUCAUGUGAGGGCCAUCACAUCAUUGUCGUGGUCACCCUGCGGACGCUACUUGCUUUCUUCGUCCAAGGAUUGGAAAGUGAAUCUUUGGGACUUGAAGACAGGGAGAGUGAUCCGAUUCGUCGUAUUUGACAGCCCUAUUUGGAAUUGCAUGAUGGUUCCGAGCCAUCUAUACCAGUUUUGUGCCGCUCUUGUUGACGAUGAUCCUGUCUUUGUAGAUAUGGAGGACGAAAAAAAUGCUAAAAUUAUUCGACUACGCACAGAGAGUAUUGUGGACAGUGCUCAAGUAUCCACUGGUGGUGAAUCGGACGAGCGAGAAUCAUCCGUUCCAACUUACAAGAAAAGAAAUCUGAAGAAGCAUAUGACAUUAACAUGUGUACAUAGACACGGAGAGAGGAUGGUCGUUAACAGUGGAGACAAGACAUUGAGGCAGUAUAAAAUUGGAUUAGAUUUCUGCGAGUUCGAGAUGGAACAGAAAUAUCAGGAUGUGGUGAACAAGAUCCAAUACAACUCGGUAAAGUUCAGUCACGAUUCAGAUUAUAUGUGCGCAUCCACUUUAGGAUCAACACAUGAUAUCUACAUUUGGGAAACAAAGAUGGGAUCGUUGGUGAAGAUCUUAGAGGGAUCAAAAGAGGAGUUGAUUGAGGUGGAUUGGAAUUAUCGCUGUUGUUGUAUAGCGGCGACGGGGAUGGAUUCCGGAAUGAUAUACCUGUGGUCGGUAGUGAUGCCACAAAAGUGGUCGAAUUUGGCACCUGAUUUCGAGGAGAUCGAGGAAAACAUCGAUUACGAGGAAAAGGAGGACGAGUUCGACUUGAUCGAUAGCGAUAGAGACUCGGAUAGAAUAGAUGCGGAGGAACAGAGUGACGUCGAUGUAAUAACCAGGGAAGAAAAAGACGCAAGAGGCUUCCCAUUCAUAGACUCAUUUGUCAUAGAGACUAGGUUAGAGGAUGGGCAUGAGUAA